AUGUGUCUGAUGGAAGUGGACGGAAAAGGACAUCUUCUGAUUGCCGCGCUCUGUUUUCUGACGAUUGUAGAGUCCGGAUUGAACGAGAUGGAGCUGCGGAGUCUUCUGGUCUCCGAGUACACUUUGUUGCCAAUCGGAAUCAGACGAAACUUCAGAAACCUUCCAUUUGGUAUGGAGAAUCGAGAGAGAGAGAGAGAGAAGAAUUAUAAUUUCAGAGUAUUGUCCCGAUGGGUUCGGAACGACUUCUUGUCCGCAGAUGAAUCCGUUGAGAUGGUACACAGUCCUCAACCGGCUCGGGCAUCUUUUCGUCAACAUCAACUCGGAAACCAACCACUUUGUGCUCCCAACUGCUUGCCGACGAAUUGUGCAGAAAAAGUUUGAUUCAUUUUUUAUAUCUAACUAUCUACUAUGGCCAUUUCAGAUUUCUGAAACAUCCCAGUCACCCGGACCAUUUCAAAAAGCAUCUGAAGACGUUCAUGAGCAUUUUCUCUUCUCGAGAAUGGAACAGGAAUCGAGAAAUCGGACAAUUCAUUAGCUAA